UCACAUCCUGGUGUUAGCUAUAAGGUCAAAAUUGGGAAGCUUCAGAAGCUUUCAAGUCACCUUAUUCAGCAAGUUCCUGCUCAUAAACAAGAUAUACAACAUGAAUAGCUGAGGUUUGUUAAUGCUGAAGCACAGCACUGCUAAUUGAGUACCUGACCUUUCAGCAUCUUCACUGAACAGCACUAAUGAAAUUUCCUGGCAAGCUAAUUAAUACAGGGGCAAAAUGAGGAAAAAGUACAUAUACUGCAGAGUUAUUCUAAACUCAAAUUUCCAGUAGGAAUUGUGGUAGCAGAAGCUGCAGGCCAACAGCUUACACAGGAGUGAGACCGAACAACACGCACAUGCCAAUGCUGCAGGAGAGGCUGAAGGACGUCUUGCUGUGACUUAGGGGAUAUUUAAGGGCACAGAUUUCACCAAACGAUGCCUGAGUGGGGGUGGUUUUCCAAGCACGAUGCAGAACCUGUUGCAGUCGGGAAGUCGCAGUAGCACAGACGCAUCGCGCCGGGUGUGUGUGACAGAGCUGCAGGUGGGCGGUAUGUCUGGCGGUGAGAAUGGCUGGAACUCAAACGCAGGGACAAAUAAUGAAGGAAUUACUCACCUCGAGGUAACGCAGCAGAGCCUCCCAGUGCUGAACGGCGACAGGCGGAGCUGUGAGGGGUCUGGUGAGAGCUGCUGUACCUCAGCGCCCAGCGGUUCCUGGGGGGAGUUUGAGGGCUUCGAGGAAUCCUUGGGCAAAUGGCAGAGGUUCCAUCCCAGUCCUGACGUUUUGCUGAAGUCAAAAAACACUUCUGAUGGUGGUACAGGCGUGAGCAGAGGAUGUUGCAGUGCUGCUGCUGGUCACUUCUGUUCUGAGCCAUCUCUACACAGUGAGGCUUCCAGCUCUCUGGAUGAGGCAGACCUCUGCUAUGAGGGUAUAUUUAAGUCAGGCUUUCCAGAAGUCCUUGUAUUGCAGUCCAGCGAGAGCAUAAGAAGCCUGGAUCAAGUACUUGGUGUGAAUAAUGAAGAUGUUGGGAUUCCUGAACUUACAAAUAAUCAACUUUGCAUUGAUUCUGGAAACAUAUGGAGAACUCUUAGAGACUUAGAUAAUACCUCCAGAUUAAGACAUCUCUGGAGUAAAUCUCAUUGCCAAGAAAAUCUCUUGAAUGUUCUUGGAAUAGAUGCAAAUCAAACGGACUUUCCGGAGAGCCAGAAUGACAUUACUGAGGAAUCAAAUGCUAAAGAUAAUGAAGACUUCAGAUAUGAUGGGUUCUGUAUUAAUAACUGCAAAGCACUGAUCCAGACCAAGCUUUCUGUAUCGCCAGAUUCCAGGCAGGAUCAGCUUUUCACCUGUAACCUCUUUCUGAAAACCACAUCAUCAGAUGGGAACAUGCAAUAUAUAACACUCCCAAGGAAGAAGCACAUUUUCAGUACACCCAGCCUAAACAUGAAAUUUUUCAACAGCGAUGUUUGUUGAACCAAAUGGACUUUUUAAUUGUUUUCCUUCUUUUUGAACUGAAUGCAUUUUCUUACUGGCUUUGUACUGGUGGCUGCAGAUGUUCAUUAGGAAAUUAACUAUUACUGUACAGGAGGUACCUAAAGCCACAGUAUUAGAAGGAAUUUAUCCCAUCUACUUAUGAAGUCAAAGGGUGGAAUUUUGUCCUGAGAGGUUUUGCUGCUGAUUCAUCUUUCUUACAGUAAAUCCAGCUGCAAUCACACUUCAAAGAUCCUCUGGACUGCUCUCUGGAAUUACUGACCUUUAAGGCCUUAAAGCCUCUGAUGAAAAACCUGGUUUCCCUGCCAAAACCUGAGCAUACCUCAAGUGUGUUGUGAAGUGACACCAUCUCUUCUGUUUGGUCCAAUCUGAAUCGGCUGAGAUCUGCUAUUUUGCCACUGCUUAGCACAAUGAAAUGAGCCUUCUGCAACCUGUGGCUUUCAUUGGGGUUGAGGAAGGUAGAGCUUGUGUGUGUUGUGAGAGCCUGCUGUGGUAAUACAGGUAGUCAAUGGUACGGUCGGAUUCAAAAUGUUUUGUCCUGGCAUUGGUUGCUAACUGAAAUAAAUUGCAUCUCUGAAGCUGAUUGUGUCAGGGCCUCUUGGAUUCGUUCAGCACACAUACCACGCAUAAUCCUGCUUGCCACAGCUUAACAGCAGGACUUGUACUGCAGUGCUGUAAACCAUGGCCCUAAACCUGUUGAAGUUUACUGUUCUAGCCCCUCUCAGUAUGGGAGAACUUUGUCCAACUUUUUUUUAAAUUAGUUGUUAACUCAUUCAAGCUCAUCCUAAGAAUGCAACACGGAGCAAACUCUGAUAUUCCUGAGCUAAGUUGGUUCAUUAAUGAUGUGUCUUCUCUACUCUUGGAAUUAAGAAUACCACACAGUACCAGCAGACUCCAAUUCUUCAUCCAGCAAACUGUUCAGCAGGGCAAUUACAGUUGCUCUAACUUAGUAAAGCAUAUGAUACCUCAAUGCUAUUAGCAUGAAACAAACUGUACAGUGGUCCUCUGUAAACAGUAACAGAGCCUUUGGAAAAGUGCUGUUUGAAAGCAGGCAGCUCAGCAGUUUCCUAUCCUCUCAAAAGGAGUUCUGCAGGGCUGGGCUGAAGGCUCCAACUGCAUUCAGCAGCAGGGUGAGCUUUAGCACCUAACACUGAUUUGAAAUCAGUCUGAAUUUCCCC